AUUGACGAGCACAGAAAGUCUAGAUGAGGUCACGAGUCCCCGAAUCCACUUCCUAAAACGAGUGUGGAUUGUCGAACGUGUAGGUUUUUGGCAAUAUUCAGCAGCGGAUUGAGAGGAUUCUUAAGCAGAUCAAGGAUAUUGAUGAUGAGGAAGAGAGAGGACCGAUUGAUGAAAUCAAGAAUAAUGAUAGGAGCUUGCUAAGAUGUGAGUUGGACAAGAUUCUUUUGAUGGAAGAAAUCUCUUGGAGGCAGAAGGCUAGAGAUUUUUGGUUCCAGGUUGGAGACAAAAAUUCCGCUUAUUUCCAUCGAGUGGCUAACUAUAACCAGAGGAAGAAGUUGAUUCAAGUGCUGAAAGUUGACGGACAGGUGCUGGUGGAUAAGGUGGAUAUCAAAAAUGCUUUUAUUACCCAUUUUCAACAGCGAUUCACGGAACCUCUUGUCAACCGGCCUUUCCCUGUGGACUUCAAGAAGGAUUUGUUCUCUCUGGAUGAUAACUUUCAGCUCACUUUACCUUUUUCGGAAUUGGAAGUUUGGGAUGCUGUGAAUUCUUGUGGUAACAACAAAGCCCAUGGCCCCGAUGGUUUCACAAUAGAGUUCUUCAAGAAAGCUUGGAGCAUCGUUAAGAAUGAUUUGGUAAAGGCGGUUGAUGAGUUUUACAUUACGGGGUUCGUACCUGAUUCUAUUGGGCAUUCCUUCUUGUGCCUAAUUCCCAAGAAAGAAUCUGCGGAAGGUCUUAAUGAUUUUCGACCGAUUAGCCUCGUUGGUAGUCUUAACAAGAUUAUUUCUAAGCUCUUGUUCAGAAGGCUUCGACCCUUUAUGAGCAAGGCUAUCUCUCCUCAGCAGUUCGCAGGGAUUAAGGGAAGACAGAUACACGAGGCUGGUUUGAUUGCAAACGAACUGGUGGACAGUAUAAGGAGAAGUGGCAGACCGGGCCUAAUUUUAAAACUCGAUAUUGAAAAGGCGUUUGAUUCCGUGAGUUGGGGCUGUCUUCUUCGGAUUCUUCAGAACAUGGGUCUCCACACUUGAAUGCCAACGUUUUUCCCGGUUACAACGCAUAUAAUCGAGGCUGCCUUACUUUUAUAAAUAUGUGCGAAAUUCAUGAAAAUAAGAUCGUGAUUUUGUGACCCUGUCAACAGAUACCUGGCCCCCCUUAAAUUUGAAUUGUGAAGCUUGAAUCAAAGUUAUGUAAAGAGUAUAUAUCUUAUCACUUAAGUCACACUUAAUGAUUGGAUAUGGGGAGGUUGGAGUGGAGUGGAUUUAAAAAGAGGGCAUAUAACAUGCAUUGAUAUACAAAAACAAAAGGAUAUUAAUAUCAAUAGGUGGCCAUUAGCCCAAUAAGUUUAGGGUAAUGUGUACUUAAAAAAGGGGGUUUUGGUUGAGAUCUCAAAUCUGAUCCCUAUUUAGCUAUAUAUAUGCCAAACUUUCUCAGCCUAUUGAACUAGGAGUGGUUGAGAUAUAUAUGUACUUAGCUUAAUUAUUGAUUGGUUGGAUCUCUAAUCGUCAUUAGUCUUUCUAUAGGAUUAUUUAUCUAUCUAUCAAUACUCUGUUUAGUUUCCCUUAAUUACAAUCCUUCCUGCCCGCAGCUGCUGCAUGUGCCAAACUUAAUUGUGAAACAAAUAAUGUGUAAUUAUAAACAGUUCCAAAAAGAUUCCUCUCAUGUUUCAUGCUCAGGAUGUUCCUAUCAUUAUUUAGGCACUAAUUAAUUUUUAUUAGUUGUCAAUGAUAUUUCCUUUCUAUAGAUUACAAGUGAACUUCCGAGAGUAAAAAAAUCAAUUUUUGUUGAGAGUGGGAUUUGAACCCACGCCCUUUCGGACCAGAACCUUAAUCUGGCGCCUUAGACCAACUCGGCCAUCUCAACUCAAUGUGUAGUAUUGCAAAAUUUGAUUCAUAUAGUUUAAAUAUAAAUUUCUUCAACUUGUUAUUUGUCUUAUGGUAAUGGAGAUAACUCUGGGCUAGCAGGCAUGCUUGUGUAUCAAUCGGCCCACAGCAGUGGGUUCGUGGAAUCGGCUCAUAGUAGUGGGUUCCUAGAUAGCCCAAGUAGGCUUGGAACAUAGAUUGCUAGAACGAGAUGGCACCCAUGGAAGCCCACAGUUGAAGGUCUCCACCUGCUCCUAACUUCUUUGACUGGGCAAGGGUUUGAGUGGGCUUUUGAAGUAAUCAUCUUCGGUAAAUUUUCUUCAAUUAUCUGUCUACUACACUUUUUGGCUUUCCUUCCAUUGGGUCUAGGGAUAGGGAUGGCAAUGGGUCGGGUUGGGCGGGUUUUACCAAACCCAAAUCAAUGGGUUUAUCCGCCAAAAAAAUUUGGGAUAAAAUCGUUGGGUUUGAAAAACUCAAACCCAACCCAACCUGCUGGGUAUCCGUGGGUUUAUGGGUACCCGUGGGUUUUUGUGUAAAAAAUUUACGAUAACAAGUUUCAUUCAAAAUAAAAGUCUAACAUAAAAUUACUCAUACAAAUUAUCUAUACAAAAAACACUAAUCUAGAGCAUACAAGCAAACCGCAAAUUAUCAAUACAAAUUGUUCAAAUUAAAGAUAAACAUCUAUAAACAACAUGAUUAAUUGAAAGCUUCUUCCUUCUUGUCAGUUGAAGAAAUAAACAACAUGAUUAAUUGAAAGUUUCUUCCUUCUUGUCAAUUAAACUUCUUCACUCUCCACUCCAUAAUAUCAAAUUAGACAUGUCUCCACAAACAUAAAGAAUAUUAGUUGUUUAAGAAAGAUAUAUAUUGCUUAGAAUAUUAAAUAUAACAAAAAAAUUAAUUAUAUGAGUGUGGGCGGGUACCCAUGGGUGGGUAUAUCUAAACCCAAACCCAACCCGACCCGUAAUCGAUAUAGCGGGUUUAAACCCAAACCCGGCCCAAAACCCGUCAACACAGGUUUUACCCGCGUUGACCGGAUUGGGUCGGAUAAAGUACUCGUGACUUCGGAUUUUGUUGCCAUCCCUAAUUGGGUCUAACUCUUCGCCGUCGGCAAGAAUUGAUCGGCAAAAAACUAGGUAACAAGAC